GUGGCUAAUGAUGUUUAGUUAGAUCGACAAAGCACUCACCGUGGUAAAAACUCUGGUUAAUCAAUAAAUCUAUUGUGCUGAAAGAUAAUCAUACCAAACUUUGAAGAUGAAGUUUCUUCUUUCAUUUGUUAUUUUUUACACUCUUGCAGUCUCAGCUCAUGCCGCUGUUUAUUGGACUGGCUGGCUUGACCGAGACAACCCAUCUGGAACUGGCGACUGGGAAACGUAUAACAGUUUUAAACCCCGUCCCUGCAGAGCUGGUUAUAGACCACUUGGUGCAAACUGCAGAGUGAAGCACACUUAUCAACCCUGGUAUGCAGCAAAUCAAAACAUAGCUUUGCAGUGCACAUCGGGUGGAUUCGUGUGUAAAAACAGCGACAACACUCAAUAUUGUAAAGACUACGAAAUCCAGUUUCGCUGCUACAGACGAUGAGACAAUGCUCAAGAUGGUGAAAAUGUUCUAAAUCCAUGUUUUAAUGUCUUAACGAAUAAAUCUUUUUUCACUAAAAAAACUAUUUUUGUUGUUCUUC